AUGCCGCUGAAAUCUUUGAGCCGUGGUGCCUACCGGGUGGGGUGGAUAUGCCCGUUAGAGGUGGAACAGCUCGCGGCAAUGGAGAUGCUAGACGAGGAGCAUGAAUGGCUUCCACAACCAAGCGGCGACACAAAUGUUUACAAUCUUGGCAGCAUCAACAACCAUAAUGUGGUCAUCGCGGGUCUUCCGCGGGCCGGUAACUGCUCCGCAGCCACGGUUGUCACUCAUAUGCGAAUGACAUUCCCCAAUCUCAAAUACGGCCUGCUGGUCGGGAUCGGGGGCGGCGUCCCCACAAAGACCGACAGGGGAACGAUCCGUCUUGGGCAUGUGGUCGUCAGUAAACCGACAGGCGUCCACUCCGGGGCGAUUCAGUACGACCACGGCAAGGCGAAGGCGGGUCAACUUGAACGCAAAGGUGGUUGUGACCUAGGGAAGCGUAUCGAGCGACCGACGAACGAGGAGAGUGACUCAUUUAUCGUUGUACACCGAGGCACAAUAGCAUCUGGAGAGGUCGUGAUCAAGGAUGCCCAGAAGAGGGAUGAUCUGGCGCAGGAGCAUGGGGUGCUCUGCUUCGAGAUGGAGGCCGCGGGAGCCCUGAACGAUUUCCCAUGUAUGGUGAUUCGAGGCAUCUCCGAUUAUUGCGACUCGCAUAAGAACAAUCAGUGGCAUGGGUAUGCAGCGGCGGUAGCGGCCGCGUAUGCACGGCAGUUAUUCUUUCACAUGCCCAUUGAAGAGGUGCAACGAAACCUGAACACCACACCCACUACUUUCGAGAUCCCGCUGGAUCUGUCCGAGACAUCUGAAGUGGCCCGUUUCGUCGCACGAGAAGAUCAACUGAAGAGGAUGCAAAAGAUCUUCAGCACACCUGCCGGACGUCCUGAGUGGAUUGUUCGCCACCACCCGUCUCUCACGUAUAUUGAAAGUGCUCUGAGCAGCCGAGACUUGGACAAGACGGGGAAAGCGGUCAAACAAUGGCUGGAUGAGCCGAUGAACGAUCGCUGGUUGAUCGUCUAUAACAACUAUGAUAAUCCUUUGAUGGGCAACCAGACGGAGAAAAUCCUAGCCUCUGCUUCCUGGGUUGAAGCAAGUAUCAGCAGCGAUGACGACAAAGAUUCCGCAAUGACAUUCGAUCUGCGAAAAUACCUACCCAAGACCGACCAUGGUGCCAUUCUAGUGACCACACGGUCCUCUAUGGUAAAGCUCGGCCAGACGAUUCACCUACGCAAGCUAGAGGAUGUUAAUGAAAGUCUUGAGAUCCUGGCUUCUGUUUCUGGGCAGGAAGAUCUAAGACAAGACCCCAAGGCCACUGAUCUUGCAAGGGAGCUCGAUGGACUUCCUCUGGCCCUCGCUACAGCUGGCGCAUAUUUGGAACAGGUGUCAAUCGGCUACGCCGAGUACCUCCAGCUGUACCGAGACUCAUGGCAGAAAUUACACGAAGAGACGCCACAGCUGCAGACAUACGAUCAAACGCUGUACUCAACAUGGAAUCUCUCGUACCGAUACAUUCAGCAGCAGAGUCCACUUGCGGCUAUGCUUCUCCGACAAUGGGCCUAUUUCGCCAACGAAGACUUGUGCCACGGGCUCGUCGAAGCGAAUCCGACUCCCACAUUACAGUGUGCGGAGUCACGAGGGUAUAGCGUGCACGGCUGCGUUCAUUCGUGGAUGAUACAUGUGUUAAACCAAGGGUUCGACAAGUGUAUGGCCUGGGCAGCAGUGCAAUGUGUAGCACGGCGUGUGCCGAUGAAAGAUGGACACGAAUCCUGGCUUGUAAGACGGCGGCUGAUUACACAUGCAGACAGGUGUCUCGAGAUGUUAAGAGACCAGGAAAUUGACAAUGCGGCUGUGAGUGCUCUAGAUUCUUUGGGUCUUUUCUACUGGGAUCAAGGCCGGCUCCAAGAGGCAGAUGUGAUGUGCGAACGAGCACUAGAAGGCUGCGACAAGGCUUGGGGACAAGAACACACGUCGACGCUAGAAACCGUCAACAAUCUUGGUCUAGUCUACUGGAGCCAAGGCCGGAUCCUAGAGGCAGAGGCGAUGUACAAACGAGCACUAGAAGACAGAGAGAAAGCUUGGGGACAAGGACAUACGUCGGCGCUAAAAAUCAUUAACAAUCUCGGUGUUCUCUACACGGAACAAGGCCGGCUCCAAGAGGCAGGAACGAUGUGCCAACGAGCAUUAGAAGGCUGCGAGAAGGCUUGGGGCCGACAACAUACGUCAACGCUAGACAUCGCCAAUAACCUCGGGUUUAUCUACGCGGAUCAAGAUCGGCUCCAAGAGGCAGAGGCGAUGUACAAACGAGCACUAGAGGGCCACGGGAAGGCUUUUGAUGCGACCUUACCUGUCACUUAUCGGCCUGCCUUAAAAACUCUCAAAAACUAUGGGUUUCUAUGUGAGAUCACCGGGGACGUAGAUACCGCUAUCCUGUGUUACCAGCGGACGCUGGUAGGCACUGAGGCUGUUUGGGGCCGGCAUGAUAAAUGGUAUGCCUGGAUUUCCAAUAGAUUGAGCUCUCUCCAGCAUGAAAAGUGCGAAGCUUCUGAGGAAGAGCUUGUGCCAAAGAACAAUAAACGGCGAGGAGCAUAUGGAAAUUCUGAGAGCGAGGCUCUCCGAUGUGUUCAAACCUAA